UCACGUGACAUUGCUAACUGCUAACAUUUUUAACUGAUCAGAAACCAAAUCUUAGCCAGAUCGACUACUAAAAUUUUCGAUUGAUCUUUUGGUUAAUUCCUGCUUGUUAUUUUAUAUUCUAAUUCAAUCUCCGCGCUAAUACUGGUUUUGUAAAGAUGUGCAGACUUGUGACGUUGUCUCUGUGCUGUUUGCUUGUAAACAGCUACUUUUGCAGUGGAACUGUUGUGGUGUUAGAAGCCAAUCCUAAAGUCAUUCACCCAGUGGUGACAAAGAAAUUCCAUCUUCGAUGUUCUGUCAAGAAAGACAACUGGCAACCUUCCAAUCUUACUAGCACGCAAGGGAGAGAAGUCUCAGAAGUGGCUAAUUUUAAUCAUCUCAUGUCCAUUGUGAUCACAGAAGGCCAAAGGGAGACAAUUGCGAGUGUUACAGGAUGCGACCCACCAGUUGUCGAACCUUCAUUUACAAGACUCCUUCAUGCCGUGGGCAAUGCAAACCAUUCGAAAGAACCAGACGAGAUGGGGUACUUGCUGCUGACCUGGGACAGACCUUUAGCAGAAGACGCUGAUAAUUUUACUUGUCAGGCGUACGCCCUUGACGGGGAUAAGUUUCCAGUUUCUUUAAAUGUCUCCCUGGAAGUGACCGCAAUAGAACCAACAAUGUCUGACCUGACUAGAUACAUAGCUCUUAAUGACAGACACAUCGAAUCUUUAGAGAAACAAUUGACUAAAACACACAAAACCAUUGACAGUGACAUGAAAGAAAUAAAAUCCGAGACCAAUAAAUUGAUUUCUGCAAUGGAUCUCAAACUAGACCAAAUACCCGUAUACAAUAUCCAAACCGGGAGCUUUAAAUGUGAGCAGAAGAGCAUCCAAUUCCGCCAACCGUUCGAGUACACUCCAAGGGUAUUUACAUCCUCUGAAACCUAUAACUGGCAAAAUUAUAAUAAUAGAUAUGAUAUAUCGAUCAGCGUUUUACAUACUAACAACACGGGUUUCACGGUGAACUGUCGCAGUGACCAGGAUUCGAAUAGAUUUAUCAACUGGUUAGCGAUAGAAUAACAUCUGAUGUUGUUUAGUUAUAGUUUUAGUAUUGUUUAAUAUUGUUUAUUAUAGAAAUAGUAUAGUCUACCUAAACAAGAGCCACCUGUACUUGUUUACUUAGAUAAAUCUUGUAUAGUUCACUUAUAUAAUAUCAACCUGUAAACUUUACCUACACGAGAUCGACUUGUAUAAAUGUUUUAUAUAUAUUUAUAUAUAUAAUAUUGUGAUGAAUGUGAUUUAUUAUAUUUAUCUCAGUUGUCGUUAUGUUUUGACCCAAGGCCAAUCUUAGGCAUAGGCAAAGUAGACAGCCGCCUGGGGCCUCCGAUUGUUGGGGCUUCCCACAGGACUAAAAUUAUUUUUUUUAGAGAAGUCCAAAAUUUUGUGGCCAAAGUUAUUGUUAGAGUACACUGUGUUUUAAUUAAAUUGCCAAAUUUUAUUUUUUCACUGUUUAUUUUAUUUUCUUUACAUUUUUGUUUUGGGGCCACCAAUUUCGGCCAGGGCUCUGUUUUGACCAAUAGAUUGACACAUGGAUAUUAGUAGGACGUGGGGAUGUGUACACAGCAUGUCAGAGAUGUAUGUUGUCAUCCAGUGUACUAAAGCCAUACUAUAUGGUAUGACCAAAUAGAAAAACACAUAACUGUGGAAGAUGGACAGAAAGAGAAAUAUACAGGUGUCAGAUCUUAGAAAGAAAGUGAAGAUGGGCAGACAAAUAUAGAGGUGUCAGAUCUUAGAAAGAAAGUGGAGAUGGGCAGAGAAAUAUAGAGGUGUCAGAUCUUAGAAAGAAGGUGGAGAUGGACAGAGAAAUAUAGAGGUGUCAGAUCUUAGAAAGAAAGUGGAGAUGGGCAGAGAAAUAUAGAGGUGUCAGAUCUUAGAAAGAAAGUGGAGAUGGGCAGAGAAAUAUACAGGUGUCAGAUCUUAGAAAGAAAGUGGAGAUGGACAGAAAGAGAAAUAUAGAGGUGUCAGAUCUUAGAAAGAAAGUGGAGAUGGACAGAGAAAUAUAGAGGUGUCAGAUCUUAGAAAGAAAGUGGAGAUGGACAGAAAGAGAAAUAUAGAGGUGUCAGAUCUUAGAAAGAAAGUGGAGAUGGACAGAAAGAGAAAUAUAGAGGUGUCAGAUCUUAGAAAGAAAGUGGAGAUGGACAGAAAGAGAAAUAUAGAGGUGUCAGAUCUUAGAAAGAAAGUGGAGAUGGACAGAGAAAUAUAGAGGUGUCAGAUCUUAGAAAGAAAGUGGAGAUGGACAGAGAAAUAUAGAGGUGUCAGAUCUUAGAAAGAAAGUGGAGAUGGACUGGUCACGCCAUAAGAAAAAAUACCAACAGCAGAGCUAGGCGGGCUUUAGAUUGUGGAGAUGGAUUGGUUACACAUUAACUCUUUCUCUCCGUAAUUAUUUUCCCACAUUUUGACAGUAUUUAUCAUUUUGCUCAUUACUAUUUCACUACCCUGAUAUGAUUAAGCUUAUAUCACUUUUUCGUUUGUUAUUUGAAAAUGUUUUAUUUGGUAUGGAAUCAAAAGGGAAUGCAUGCUCUUUUUAAAUAACACAAAGUCAAGUUUAUGAAGUUUAACAUUAAUUUAAUGUAGUGAGGUCAAAUCAACGAUGGUAUUGUCAGAAGACAAAGGGUUAAGAAAAGAUACAAACAACAGAGACAGUCUAAAUAUUGGAACCCCCCAAAGCAGAGGAAGACCAAAAAGAAUAUGGCAACGCAGUGUACUAGAUAAAGCCGAGAGGACAGGAAAAUAGCUGGGAGGCAAUUAAAAUAAAAUAGCAAGAGAUCGUGGAGAGUGGCGUGUUUUUACUGUGGUCCUAUAUUCCUCGAGGAACAUAAAGGACAAAUGAUGAUUAGUGAUUUCUUAUGUUUAUAAAUAUCCGUUUGCAUUGUUUACUUAUCAAGUUAUGACGUUUUGAUAUAGAAUAUCAACAUGUAAAAUUUGAGUAUAUAAGUUAAACAUUUAGAAUGAUGAAUAAGACUUGUCUCCGAGUCUGAAGAUUAAUGAGGGCUAACAAUGUGACAAUCACGUGGAAUAGAGAAAGUAGUCAAGACUGAAGAGCAGAUGCGAACAUUUGGAUUUGUUUUUUUUUUAAAGGAUUGUUUUGUUGGAUUUAGGAGGAAGAUGUGUUAUAUAGUCUGGUGAAGGAGAAAUGCCUUAGAAACUUUUUUGUGCUAGAAAUUAAAAGACUACCUCGAAAUGAU